AUUGUAGCAAUUUAUUACUCUCAGCUGAAUCAACCCUUCCACCACCUCUCUUUUCUGUUUCUGGUUAUCUUCACCAAGUCGCUCGCUAGCUCCAUCUUCAUGUUUUACUUGUUCUGAAGUCUAUAUAUAUCUAUCAGACUCGGUUCGGCAUUCUUUGAGCUUAGCUUGGUGGGUGGUAUACGUAGUUUUGAUCAGAUUUAAAGGGUAAGAUGGAUCAGUUUGCGGUGAAGGUGGAGGAGGCGAGGCCGGCAGCUGAUGGAAGGCCGUCGGCGGGGCCGGUGUAUCGGAGCAUUUAUGCAAAAGAUGGGCUGUUGGAGUUGCCGGAGGGGUUGGACUCACCGUGGCAGUUUCUCAGUGACUCUGUUAAGAGGAACCCAAGUGCUCGAAUGCUUGGUCAACGCCAAGUCAGCGAAAAGAAGGCAGGUCCCUAUGUGUGGACUACAUAUCAAGAGGUGUAUGAUGCAGCCAUUCAAAUGGGUUCAGCCAUCAGAAGCCGUGGUGUCAAUCCUGGAGAUCGAUGUGGUAUAUAUGGAUCAAAUUGCCCCAAAUGGAUUAUUGCAAUGGAGGCCUGUAACAGCCAGGCUAUCACAUACGUUCCACUUUAUGACACCCUCGGUGCUAAUGCAGUUGAGUUCAUCAUCAACCAUGCUGAAGUUUCAAUAGCUUUUGUUCAAGAGAACAAAAUCCCUGCUAUUAUAUCAUGCCUCCCAAACUGUUUCACUCAUUUAAAAACAAUUGUCAGCUUCACAAAUGUUUCUAGCACUCAAAAGAAGGAAGCAGAAGACCUGGGGGUGUCUUGCUUUUCAUGGGAGGAAUUCUCUCAGUUGGGAAACUCAAAUUGUGAACUACCUCCAAAACAGAGGACUGCUGUUUGCACAAUAAUGUAUACAAGUGGAACAACUGGCGAACCAAAAGGCGUAAUUGUUACUAAUGCAGCAUUAAUGUCAGAAGUAUUGUCAACAGACCAUAUACUCUUCCUAACAGAUAGAGUGUGUAACGAAGAAGAUUCCUAUUUUUCGUUUCUUCCGUUGGCCCAUAUAUAUGAUCAAAUAAUCGAGAGCUAUUGCAUCUACAAGGGAUCCUCAAUAGGCUUCUGGCGAGGCGAUGUCAGGUUUUUACUGGAAGAUCUUCAGGAACUAAAGCCUACUAUUUUUUGUGGGGUUCCUCGAGUUUAUGAUCGUAUAUACACCGGUAUUGUUGGUAAAGUUUCAUCUGGUGGUCUGCUGAGGAAGACCCUUUUCCACUAUGCAUAUAACUACAAGUUGACAAAUCUGGAGAAGGGCCUACCCCAAGAAAAAGCGGCACCUCUCUUGGACAAGCUUGUGUUUCACAAGAUAAAACAAGCGCUAGGAGGACGAGUUCGAAUAAUGCUGUCUGGUGCUGCGCCUUUGCCCAGGCAUGUGGAGGAAUUUUUGAGGGUCACCAGCUGCAGCACCUUAUCACAAGGAUAUGGCCUUACUGAAAGCUGUGGUGGGUGUUUUACAUCCAUUGGCAAUAUUUAUCCUAUGAUUGGAACUGUUGGUGUCCCCCUGACAACUAUUGAAGCGCGGCUUGAGUCGGUCCCAGAACUGGGAUAUGAUGCACUUUCUAGCGUGCCACGUGGAGAGAUUUGCCUAAGAGGAAAAACCCUGUUUUCUGGUUACCACAAGCGACAAGAUCUAACUGAUGAAGUCCUUAUUGAUGAGUGGUUCCAUACAGGUGAUAUUGGAGAAUGGCAGCCGAAUGGAGCAAUGAAAGUUAUAGACAGGAAAAAGAACAUAUUUAAACUGUCUCAAGGGGAAUAUGUUGCUGUGGAAAGCAUUGAAAGCAAAUACUUGCAAUGCCCUCUUAUCGCAUCGAUAUGGGUUUAUGGGAACAGCUUCGAGUCAUUUCUUGUUGCUGUGGUUGUUCCAGACAGAAAGGCCUUGGAGGACUGGGCUGCUGAGCAUAAUUUGACCGAUGACUACAAAUCAUUGUGUCAAAACCUGAAGGCAAGGAAAUACAUAUUGGAUGAGCUCAAUAGUACGGGUCAGAAACAGCAACUUCGAGGGUUUGAGUUGUUAAAAGCAGUUCAUUUGGAACCAAACCCCUUUGACAUAGAGAGGGAUCUCAUGACUCCAACUUUCAAACUGAAAAGACCACAAUUACUCAAAUAUUACAAGGAGCGAGUUGAAAAACUUUACAGUGAGGCAAAGGGUGGACAAGUAUGAGAACACAGCUGCAAGCAACUACUGGAUAUAUCUUGCUACAUCAUUUUCCCAAAUUUUCGAUCGCCUGCUCUUUCAUUGAUGAAAAACUACGUAUGUCAGACUGUAGAAGAACAAAUAGCAGGGAUUUACCUGUGUCGACCUUUGUUCUAAGUCUGUGUAUAAAUAAAUCCAUAUCUUAUGAACUUUUCAUAUUUAUUCUUAUCAUCCAAGAAAAAAUAUUCAAGUUCAUUCUAGAAUUUGUUUUGGCCGCAAUGUUCUGUUUGAAUUUUACGGAGAGGUGCUACCGCUGCUACGUUCAGCUGGGAUGAUGAAAUUAGUGUGGUACGACUCGCUCUUAUGUUUUUCCCUUCAGUCCAUUGAGUCCAAGAAAGAAUGCAUCAAGCCAAUCAAGUCUUGAAGUGCUAUUUUACGAUUGCUUCUACUUGGUAGUCAUGUGGAGUAGGAUUAAUUUGCUUCAACCUAGCUUGUUCCAUCAUUCGUUUACAGUUUUACCACCAAAUGGUGAAAACUGCCAAUUGCUCUACCUAUCAACCAAAUGAAUUAUUAGAUUCGAGUCAUUUGACCCUC